GCAACAUUUUAGUCAGCAAUCAGUCUCGUUCUGUUCUGCCUCAUCUAAAAGAGAAACAAUUCAUCCAUCUCACACUCCAAAAUCAUCUGAAAAAAUGGAGUUGGAGGUGAGAGUUGUCGCCGGAAUUGAGAGCUGCUUCGUAUCGCUACCAGUGACGUUACUCCAGACUCUCGAAUCCACCACUGCUUCCGGUUACCUUCCUCCUGUUCUAGCCCUCGAACUCCGCUCCGGCAACAAUCUCUGGCGCCUAGCUUGGUCCGGUUCCGCUUCAUCCAAUCCAUUUCCUAAUUCAAUUCAGAUUGCGAAGCAAUAUGCGGAGUGUAUUGGAUUGUCGGAUCGUACUGUGGUUCAAGUAAAAGUAGUGUCCAAUUUGCCUAAAGCUACUAUGGUUACCAUAGAGCCAGAUACUGAAGAUGAUUGGGAAGUUUUGGAGCUUAAUGCUGAGCAUGCAGAGCAAGCUAUCUUAAAGCAGGUUGCGAUUGUCUAUGGAGCAAUGCGAUUUCCUUUGUGGCUGCAUGGGCAAACAAUUAUCACAUUUAAAGUUGUUUCAACCUUUCCGCUGACACCGGUAGUACAACUUGUCCCUGGAACUGAAGUUGCUGUUGCUCCAAAAAGGCGCAAAAGAAAUAUUAGUUCGGGUGAGGAAUCCAUGAUGCAAGACGAUGAGCUUUCGGUCUCAAAGGCACUAUUGAGAGUCCAAGAUACUGAUGAUCAAUGUAUUCACAAAUACGAGGCUGAUGGAGUCGAGAUGAGAGUGGUUUUGACUUCUGCUAUCUUCAUUCAUCCUGAGACGGCCAGUAUAUACUCUUUUGAACCUCUUCAGACUGUGGUAAUAAUUCCCAGAUUGCUUCCCAGAGAAACCAAGAAGAACCAUGAGACAGAUAGCCGUACAGGGAAAAGUAGUGUAACUUCAAAGGAAGGCAAUGUAGGAGUUCUACCUGACAAGCACAAUAUCCAUCAAGCAAUGGUUCGUCUAAUAUUUUCAGAAUCAGUGGCUAAAGGACAUAUCAUGCUUCCUCGGUCUAUUCGGCUUUAUUUGAGAGCAGAGUUACACUCACGUGUAUAUGUGAAGAGAUUCAAUGUCAAGUUGAAGAAAGAGAUUCCUCUAGUUUCGCUUUCACCUUGUGAAUUCAAGAUAUUCCAGGAGACUGGGGUUUCUGAAGAAAAUAGUUCUGAGGCUUUGGGCAAGAAUAAUUAUAAUAAAACAUUAACAACACUUUUCAGAACCAAUUCAGACAUUGAGAUGGGUACUAGUGAUUGGUCAAUCCAUGAGAAAAUUGCCGCAGCCUUUUCUUGUGAAUCUAGCAAGGAAGACAAAGAAACGAGCAUCAAGUCUGAUCUCAAAAAGGAUAUUGCAGCUAUUUUGCAUAGAUGGUGCCUUGCACAACUACAUGCUGUCACGAUCAAGGCCGGAGUGGAAGUGAAAUCGUUGAUUUUAGGGAACACAACUUUGCUUCACUUCAAAGCGAAAGACAGCAGAUCCAUAAAACAUGGUGGCCAAACAAUGAAUGGUGGAGAAACAUCACUAGAUGCCAUGUAUGUGUUGUCAACUACUGAUGACUCAUUACGUGAUGAAACGAUUGAUGCUUAUGAAGUUGCAUUCGAUGAAGGAAGCAAGUUGACUACCAGCCCAAAAAACUUCGAACCUUGGCUUGGAAAACUUCAACUGGGCAACGGUCUUUCCAUUAGGACUGUCAGAGAGAAAUUAUUUGCUAAAAGCACCAGUCUUACAACUUCUUCAUUAGACUGGAUGGGGACAGCUGCACCUGAUGUGAUUAAUAGGUUGGUAGUAUUGUUAUCUUCUGCAUCUUGGAUGUUGUCCAGUGCUUAUGAUUUUCCGCUGCCAGGACAUAUCCUAAUCCAUGGUCCUUCUGGUUCGGGGAAAACAUUAUUAGCUACAGUUGCUGCUAAAUUUGCUGAAGAAAGUGAGGACAUCUUGGCCCAUAUAAUAUUCUUAUCUUGUUCUAAGCUUGCUUUGGAAAAGCCUUCAGCCAUUCGUCAAACUUUAUUGAGCUAUGUUGCUGAUGCUUUGGAUCAUGCACCUUCUGUUGUGGUGUUUGAUGAUCUUGAUAGCAUUGUUGCAGCUUCCUCUGAAUCUGAGGCUUCUCAACCUUCAUCCUCAUCAGCAGUGCUUGCAGAAUAUUUUGCUGAUAUUAUGGAUGAAUAUGAGGAAAAGCGGAGGAACACGUGUGGGAUUGGCCCAGUUGCAUUUAUUGCUUGUGCACAGUCUCUGACUAAUUUACCACAGAACUUGACCUCUUCUGGGAGGUUUGACUUUCAUGUUAAAUUGUCUGCACCUGCUACCACAGAGCGUGGUGCCUUGCUAAAACAUAUCAUUCAGAAGCGUUCUUUGCAAUGUUCUGAUGACACCUUGCUGGAUAUAGCCUCCAAGUGUGAUGGAUAUGACGCAUAUGAUCUGGAAAUACUGGUUGAUAGGUCUGUUCAUGCUGCAACUGCCCGGUUUUUGUCUAGUGAUUUGGCUGUUGGCAGUCAGGAAAAACCUGUUUUGUUUAAGGAUGAUUUCCUGCGUGCCAUGCAUGAGUUUGUUCCAGUGGCUAUGCGUGACAUCACUAAACCUGCUGCUGAUGGUGGCCGGUCUGGCUGGGAGGAUGUUGGAGGUCUUAAUGACAUCCGGGAUGCUAUUAUAGAGAUGAUUGAGUUGCCGUCCAAAUUUCCAAAUAUAUUUGCACAAGCUCCUCUAAGGAUGCGGUCUAAUGUUCUGUUAUAUGGCCCCCCUGGUUGUGGCAAAACACACCUUGUUGGUGCUGCAGCUGCUGCAUGCUCACUAAGAUUUAUCUCAGUCAAAGGUCCUGAACUGCUGAAUAAAUACAUCGGUGCUUCUGAGCAAGCAGUUCGAGAUAUAUUCUCAAAAGCAGCUGCAGCAGCACCAUGCCUUCUUUUUUUUGAUGAAUUUGAUUCUAUCGCACCAAAGAGAGGCCAUGACAACACUGGUGUCACUGAUAGAGUUGUUAAUCAGUUUCUCACGGAAUUGGAUGGUGUUGAAGUGUUAACGGGUGUGUUUGUAUUUGCUGCCACAAGUAGACCUGAUUUGCUUGAUGCUGCACUUUUGCGACCUGGAAGGCUGGAUCGGCUUCUCUUCUGUGAUUUUCCUUCACAGCAUGAAAGGUCGGAGAUUCUUUCAGUUCUAUCAAGAAAAUUACCACUGGCAAGUGAUGUCGAUUUGGAUGUCGUAGCUCGUUUGACAGAAGGAUUCAGUGGAGCUGACCUCCAAGCUCUUCUCUCUGAUGCACAGCUUGAGGCUGUCCAUGAUCUUCUAGAUAGUGAGAAUGCGGGGAAGCCUGAUAAGAAGCCGGUCAUCUCUGAUGCUCUUCUGAAAUCAAUUGCAUCCAAGGCAAAAUCAUCUGUUUCUGAUGCUGAAAAGCAGCGAUUAUAUGAUAUCUACAGUCAGUUUUUGGAUUCAAAACGAUCAGUAGCUACACAGUCAAGAGAUGCAAAAGGCAAAAGAGCAACCCUUGCUUAAUGAUUGACUGCUAGUCAAGCUCUAUGUGGAAGUACUUGCUUAAAACACAGACUAGCCUGAUCAUUGAAGCUGCAUUUCGGGUUGAAGUUGUAGUGAACGACAUCUAGUUUGUCUUUUAUAGUUGGAAAAAUGUCUUGUUGUAGCAUUAUCUUUCUCUCUGUGUGGCAACUGUUAAAAGGGAAAAGUGACAAUUAUCUGCUUGUCUUAGUUUUAGGAGAAGGGCUAUUUAGUGUCGUAACUUUAUUACAAUAGCAAUAUUUAGGGUGGAAAAGGCCUCUUUUUGUCCACCAUUGAACCAGGUGUGGAUCCUUCUCUGCUCAUCAAUAAUCAUCAUUGGCCUUCCCUGUUGGAGAUAAUGCAAUAACUGGUGAAGAUUUUGAAACCUGUUUCAUA